AUGUCGAAUUCUUCUAAUUUGAAUAACAUUCACACUAGCCUUGAUUUGAAUAGAUCUAACAGCAAAUGGGUUAGAAAACAGUUCGUGGAUUAUUUUGUGUCUAAAAAUCACACAUAUUGGCCGAGCGCCUCAGUUCUUCCGAACAACGAUCCAACGCUGUUGUUCGUCAACGCAGGGAUGAACCAGUUUAAAGACAUAAUCAUGGGCAAGAGCGAUGAGAACACGGAGUUCGGAAAGCUGAGAACGGCGUGCAACUCUCAGAAGUGUAUCAGAGCGGGCGGGAAACACAAUGACCUCGAGGACGUGGGACACGACUGCUACCAUAACACGUAUUUUGAAAUGCUCGGAAACUGGAGCUUCGGAGACUACUUCAAGGAAAAGGCGAUCUCAUACGCCUGGGAGUUGCUGACGGAAGUGUAUAAGCUGGACCCAGAGAGGUUGUAUGUAACAUACUUCGGAGGCAAUGACAAUUGCCCGGCAGACUUGGAGUCGAGAGAUUUGUGGACUAAGUACCUGCCGAGCAGCAAGAUACUGCCCUUUGGCCAGAAGGAAAAUUUCUGGGAGAUGGCAGACACAGGGCCCUGUGGACCUUGCACAGAGAUACACUAUGACCACGUGGGCAACAGAGACGCCUCAAGCCUGGUGAACAUGGACGACCCGAAGGUGGUCGAGUUGUGGAAUCUGGUCUUUAUGCAGUACAACAGAAACAAGGACGGGAAGCUGGAGAAGCUGCCAAAGCCAUGCGUAGAUACGGGCAUGGGUCUGGAGAGGCUGUGCGCAAUUCUGAGAGGAAGUAACUCGAACUACGACUCGGACCUUUUACAUGAUUUAAUAUUAUACAUAAAUCAGCUGUUGCCGAAGCUGGAAGCGUACACGGGUGGUUCAACACCGCUGGAUGUGGCAUACAGAGUGGUUUCAGACCACAUCAGAUGCCUGUCGAUAGCAAUUGCGGAUAGAGUGUACCCGAGUAAUGAGGGAAGAGGGUACGUGCUGAGGAGAAUACUACGGAGAGCAGUAAGAUACUGCAGAGACUAUCUGGGAACGACGGAGCCGUUUUUGCAUAAACUAGUGCCGUGUGUGUCAAGUCAGCUGGGAGACGCAUACCAGAACCUUAAGGAGUACGAAGAGGACAUCAAAAGUGUAAUCCUGGACGAGGAGAAGUUGUUUCUGGUGACGCUGGGCAAGGGGGUUGAAAAGUUUAAGAAGAUGGCAGAAAAGUGUACAAAUAAGCAGCUGACAGGAACAGAUGCGUUCCUGUUGUAUCAGUCGUACGGGUUUCCUCUGGACUUGACGGUGCUGAUGUCGAAAGAAUUGGGCCUGAGCGUGGAUGUGGAAGGAUACAACCAGGAGUUGAAGCUACACCAGGAAAAAUCGGAAGGAAGAGUAGUGAGGGAUGACGGAAGUCUGGAGUCGAAGUGCGACAAUCUGCUGAAAAGCCUGUCGGCAGACAAAAUAGACGCGGCGUUGACGUCAUCAGGAAACAAGUACACCGACGACGCUCUAAAGUAUGACUGGGACAGCCUGAACCCAGUAGACAAAAAAUAUGAAGCUAAAUUGGUGUCAAUAUUGACGGAAGAGGGAGUGUACGAUAGGUUGGAUUAUGCGCCAGGGGACGUGUUCGGGCUGGUGUUUGACAGAACGCCGUUCUACGCAGAGGGAGGUGGGCAGGUGUACGACACAGGCCAUGUAGAUGACUUGAAGGUGUUGCGAGUUUAUAAGAUGUCAGGCCUGGUGAUUCACUUUUGCACGUCAGAAGAAAAUGGAUCGGCUGAGGUUGGCGGAGUAAAACACUUGUCAGUUGACUAUAAGAGGAGGGUGAAGGCGGCAUGUAAUCACACAGCGACGCACAUAUUAAACUUUGUGUUGAGAGAAGUGCUGGAUCAGAGUACGUACCAGAGAGGGUCGCAGCUGGACGAUGAAAAGCUAAAGUUCGACUACUCUUACAAUGGAGCACUGCCGGAGGAGUUGAUAGUGAAGAUAGAAGAGAGGAUGAAGGACUUUGUAAGAGCGGAAGCGACAGUUAGAACCAAGGAGAUUGAAUACAAGCAGGCCCUUGAAAUCCCGGGAAUCAGAGCAAACUUUGAUGAAAAAUACCCUGAGGUAGUGAGAGUAGUGAACGUGGACAUGGGCCACACUGACUUCAACGGAGAACUAACAUCAACAGAAGUAUGCGGAGGAACGCACCUGUCAAACACAAAAACAAUAGAGGACGUUGCCGUUAUCGGAGAAGAGGGAAUUUCUAAGGGAGUUAGAAGACUGACGAUGAUUACAAAUGAACAGUGCCAUAAAAGCAAGGAGGACUUUGAGGCAUUUGUAAGGACCCUGGACGAUUUGGAGAUGAGUCUGAAGCCGAUAAACUACACUAAGGAAGACACAGCAGUGGCAGCUCAAAACGCAAAUGAGAACAUGAUUAAAUUGACGGCACUGAGAGGAGCAGUGGAAGUGCAUAAAACACUGCCGCUUUUAUCCAAGAGGAAAUUGCUGAAAAGGUUUGAAGAGUUGAUUGAUAAACAGGUUGGUGCUGGAAAGGCACAUCAGAAGAGACUGUCGAACCUGGCUAAGCUAAAGGCCGGGGUUGUUGUUGAAAGUCUCCAGGGAAAGAGUUACGACGAGUUUGAAUACAAGGAGGAGGCGGCAGGGAACCCGGCAGUCCUGAAGAUAGCAGUGGAUGAGCUGGAGGGAGACCUGAAGUUCCUGAACAUAUUCGUGCAAGUAAUUUCGAAGUCGUUCCCAAAGCUGGCAGUUGUGGCCUGGAGCAGCGGCAACGACUCAGUGUGUUGCAAAGUAAACAGUCCCAGCUCAGCCUUCAACGCGCUCGCGCACGCAGACGGUGUCGCCGCAGAGCUGAAUGUCAUGAAAGGAGCAGGGCUGGCGAAGGGCUCUGAAACGAACGCAAUGUGGACCAUAAAUAAAACACAGUGA